ACAAUGCAUGCAUUGACUUUGACAGCUACAAAAAGAAAAAAGGUGCAAAAUUUGGGAUGAUGCUCUUUUGAUUUGGAAUCCUGGAAUCUUACUUUGGUUCUUGUAGUUCUCUGAAUAAUACGUGUAAAUCAAUGUUUAAUACAGAACUCUACUAAAACAAUAAACCGUUUAUAACGAUGGCUGAUGAAGAAAUCAACGGAGACACAGACGACAUUCAGCAUGAUAAAGAUAAGACUCAAAAGAAGACUGCGAAACAUGAUAGUGGAGUAGCAGAUUUAGAAAAAGUCACUGAUUAUGCUGAGGAAAAGGAGAUUUCUUCUCAGGACAUAUCUGGGGCUCUCUCCUUAAUUGGUGACAGAAGAAACAAAGAAGCGGCAGAGCGUUUGGAAAAAGAAAAGGAAUUACAAAAAGUAUCAGUCAAAAAGGAUGACAUAGAAUUAAUAGUGAAAGAAAUGGAAAUCUCCAGAACGUUAGCGGAGAGAACAUUAAGAGAACACAGAGGCGAUGUUGUGGCUGCUCUGACCACUUUAACCAAUUGAACUAUUUAACAAAAUGUUACACUGUAAAAAAAAUGCAAUAGACUUUUCUAUGCCAUAAUGUUGUUUUCGAUGAACUAAUUUUAAAGGACAUAUUAAGGAACAGUUAUUUGUACUGUGUGUCAGUACAAUAAGACCAAUCUCUUUUUGUUGAUGUUGUAGGAAGCGACUAAAAAAUAAAAAGCCCUAACUUGCAUCAAAGGAAUUACAAAGAUGAGGAGGUUCCAGCAGGCAGUAGACUCAAAGUUUUGCUUAACAAUCGUAAUGUGCCAGCAACAUAGCUCCAGUGUCAAUUCAUAGAAAAUGUAUGUACCAUUAUAAUCUUUACAAUCCAGAUGAAACAUGUUCUGGUCGGUCACAUCACAGCUCUGAUGUGUGGGGACAGACCCGUUGGUGUGAGGUGUUCUACAUGUAAAAAAUGACAACAGAGAAUUCAUUGAAAGUCGUAAGAUUUACUUAAAGGCUCGAUUUAUGACAUCACAGUUAUUUCAAUUGGAAAUUCUAUUUUCAAUAGCUACACAUAAAUGUAUAUAUACACGGAAAAUUAAAAUAGCCUACUUAAUGUAAAUUUGUAACACAUUUGUGUUUUUAACAUACUCGAGUCAAUACUAUAAAUUAAGACCUUAAUUGUGACCUUAAUGUGCAGUCGGAAUUUCACCACACUUAUUUGAAACAUCAUAAUCGAAGAAUAUCAUUAUGAUUUGUACAAAAAUACUUUAUGUAUUCAAUAUUUUCACAUUACAUUUAUAUUAUUCUAAACUUUCUAAUUUACU